AUGGUGGUAUUUAUGCUAAACAGACACAGUCCUAUACUGCUGGUCUGUAUUUUGUUAUUUAGUAUCCUGCAGUGCUACUCCUGCAAUAAUGCAUAUACAUAUAAUAAUUCUUUACAUCUAAAAGUUACUAUAGUAGCGGAGAGCCAAAGCAUACCCAAAUGGAAAAUAAAACAGGCAGUAAAUAUAUUGCAGGAAAUAUAUAGAAAUAGCGGGCUGGGUAUUACCAUUUCCUGCCAGCAGAUUAAAUAUGCGCACGAACAUGGGAACUCUCCUAACAACUAUGCUACAGACAUAGCAUCUGACUCUAAUAGAGAAAUUGACGGUGUAGACUUGUUCAAUGGGCUAAAAACAAUUGCAGAUACCAUGCGAAGAACCAACAAUCUUAUAACAAAAACUAGUCCAAUAUUUUUCUUGCACUUAGAAGAUAACCCUUCUGUUUACGGCGCCUCGGUUGAAAAUGGGAUAUUUAUUGGCAAUCCAAUUGCUGUUUGCACUGUUAAGCCCGAAGACACGCCUAAAGAAAUAGGAGAAACCAUGGCGCAUGAACUAGCUCAUUUAUUAGGUGCAAAGCACGAUGGGGACGGAAACAGUUGCAUGCCAUCAGGAUAUUUAAUGGAAACCAUCUACACUAAAUCAGAUGCACUAAAGAUAUUCAGCACUUGCUCAAAAAGUGACAUAAAAAAUAAGCUGGUAAAAAAAUGA